AUGGCUCCACUAGAAGGCAAAGGAGGUGCUUGCUCAAUCAGAUUGAGUGAACCUCUUCUCAAACUCAGGCCUCGCAAAGAUUUGGUUCAGACUCUGCUGCAUGAAAUGAUUCAUGCUCAUUUGCAUGUCACAAAAUGUCGGGAAAGUGACCCCCAUGGGCCUAAGUUCAAGGAACAUAUGCAUAGAAUUAACAAAAUUGCUGGCACAAAUAUAACAGUAUACCAUAAUUUUCAUGAUGAAGUAAAUCUUCACAAGCAGCAUUGGUGGCGCUGCAAUGGACAUUGUCGGAAUUGGAGACCUUAUUAUGGUUGGGUAAAGCGAGCUACAAACCGAGCACCAUCCAAGAAUGAUUUUUGGUGGGCACAACACCAGCAGACUUGUGGGGGUCAGUAUAUCAAAGUAAAAGAACCUGAAGGCUACAGCAAGAAAAAAGAAGCUCAAUUACAAAAAAGUCUUGGUAAGAAUGGAAAUUUAUUAUCAAUGAUCAAAAAGAAGUACAAUUUGAACAAUCAUGUGUCUACUGUAAUUUGUAAUAAUAACUCGAGCAAAAUGCCCAAAACGAAAGACCUCUCUGAUUCUGACAGUGACAGUGGACCAGAAGAUAGACUGCCCCCACCUAAAAAGAAGAAAGUAGAAAAGAAACCAGAGAAAAAACCUACUGCUAAAUCUUCAGGAAGUGGUGACCAGGAAAACAUGUUUCAGUUGUCUAAAAUGAGGUAUGCAACUGUCAGUGAAUUCCGAGGCAAAGUGAUGGUUGGAAUACGUGAAUAUUAUGAAGCUGAUGGAGAACUAAGACCAGGCAGAAAAGGAAUCAGUUUGAAUUUAGAACAGUGGAAACGGUUGAAGGACAGUAUUCCUGAGAUUGAGGAGGCUAUCCAACAAUAUUAA